ACCAUGGAAAAGUCGGAGAAAUUUUCAGAUUACCUCUUCGCCAAAAUGGGUCCACCGAAUAUGACGGCCGCCGUACACGGCACCGAGCUGCCGCCGAAGACAACGGAACGCAGCGAUGCCCCCAUCGAGCUGAUCGGCUAUCGCAAAUGGCUAAGCGACAAUCUCAUGCUACUGGUCACCCUCUCGGGCGUCCUGCUCGGCGUUAUUCUAGGCCUCUCGUUGCGACCGCUGAAUUUGCACGAGGACUCCAUCAUGCUGAUCUCGUAUCCGGGCGAGUUGUUCAUGCGUGUGCUGAAGCUGAUGAUUCUGCCGCUUGUGAUUUCUAGCCUGAUUGCCGGCUCGGCCAGUUUAAAUGCCAAAAUGAAUGGGAAAAUUGCGCUGAGAACACUCGUCUAUUUUGCGUCGACAUCGUUGUUCAAUGCCGCGCUGGGCAUUGCUCUGGUCCUGCUCAUUCAUCCUGGUAAUCCGGAUUUGCACAAUGCCGAUGAUCGUACAUCUGAUAGGCGGGCAGUCAAAUUACUUGAUAGCCUUUUGGAUUUGGGCAGAAAUGUGUUUCCGGACAACCUGUUCCAGGCAUCAAUUCAGCAGGCGCAUACCGUUUACCUGCCCAAGCCUAGCAUGCUGCACAGUUCCAACGAGACUGGCAACGAUACGACAACAGUGUUGACUAACAGUGUAGAGGCUCAGCGACAGCUGCAGGCACUGGAGGAGGAGGAGGUGGUGCUGGUGCGGGAUAUUCAGUAUCGAAGUGGAACGAAUACGCUCGGAAUUGUGUUCUUUUGUCUCGUAUUUGGCACCGUGCUGGGCACAAUCGGUCAGAAGGGACAGGUGGUGGUGGACUUCUUUGCGGCCGUCUUCGAAGUGAUCAUGAAAAUGGUCACAUGCGUUAUGUGGCUAACACCGGUGGGCAUCAGUUCGGUGAUUGCUGGCAAAAUACUGAGUGUUGAUAAUCUGAGUCUGGUGAUGGCGCAGCUCGUUUGGUUCAUCAUCACGGUGGCGAUCGGUGUGAUUAUCUACCAGUUCGUUGUGAUGCAGUUCAUCUACUUUGUGUUCGUGCGCCGCAAUCCCUUCAAGUUCUACAAGGGCCUCAUUGAGGCCAUGCUAACUGCAUUUGCCACCGCAUCAACCGCCGCCGCCUUGCCGUUAACAUUCCGGUGCAUGAACGAGAAGCUGCGCGUCGAUUCUCGCAUCACACGCUUCGUCCUACCGAUUGGCUGCAACAUCAACAUGGAUGGCACCGCCCUCUUCAUUGCCGUCGCCUCAAUUUUCGUUGCUCAGAUGAGCGGCAUGGUUCUCGGCUUUGGUGAACUUUUGACCGUGUUGCUCACCUCCACGGCUGCGUCCAUGAGCUCGGCCAGUGUGCCGAGUGCUGCGCUGGUGUUGCUUCUUGUCGUCCUCACCGCUAUCGAUGCCCCCGUGCAGGAUGUGAGUCUGCUCUUUGCUGUCGAUUGGUUUGUUGAUCGCAUUCGCACCACCAACAACAUGCUCGGAGAUUGCUAUGCCGCCGCCGUCGUUGAGGAGCUGUCACGCAAGGAGCUAAUGGCUCUGGAUGCCGCUGCUGUUAAUUAUCAUGACAUGGCCGUCAGCACACCGAAUGGCCAUCAUGGUGGCCUCCUGGAGGGACAAACCGAACUGGAAUCGCCCGGCAAGUGUCAGAUGUCAGAUGCUGUCGUUGUGGAUAUGAGUGCUGUAAUGAACAAUGUGAAUCUUCAGCAGGAGCAAAACAAUCGUCGGGUCUAAGCGACGACAGAGAGAGAGAAAUGGAUGUUAAAGAAUUAUCUCUAGCACGUAGACUACCACCAAUAGGCCACAGUGUUCCCCCAACAACAACAAAACCAAAACAAUAACAAAAACACCUUUUGAUAGACU